GAAGGAGGAGGGAAGUAGGACUUCAACAUGGCGGCUGCGGUACUGGCAGUGGUUACGGUGACGGCCUGUCCUGAGGCGGACAGAGUUGGAGGUGGUGGCGUUCGCUAUCCCUAGGGGUCAUCAGGAGUUCAGCGGGGACCAAGCCUGGGCGGCCGGCAGGCGCCAGCACCUUUCGGCUUCUGGGACGGCGGCAGCAGCGGCGGUUCAGGUUCUAAAUGGCUUCUAAGAAGUUGGGUGCAGAUUUUCAUGGGACUUUCAGUUACCUUGAUGAUGUCCCAUUUAAGAUAGGAGACAAAUACAAAACACCAGCUAAAGUUGGUCUACCUAUUGGCUUCUCCUUGCCUGAUUGUUUGCAGGUUGUCAGAGAAUUACAGUAUGAUUUCUCGUUGGAAAAGAAAACCAUUGAAUGGGCGGAAGAUACUAAGAAAAUCCAAGAAGCCCAGUGGGAAGCUGAGUGCAAGGCUGAGGAAGCAGAAGCUAAAGUGAAUUCUAAGAGUGGUCCAGAGGGUGAUAGCAAAAUGAGCUAUUCCAAGACUCACAGUACAUCCACAAUGCCACCGCCCAUCAAUCCUAUCCUUGCCAGCUUACAGCAUAACAGCAUCCUCACCCCGACUCGGGUCAGCAGCAGUGCUGCAAAACAGAAAGUUCUCAGUCCACCCCACACAAAGGCAGAUUUCAAUCCUGCUGACUUUGAGUGCGAAGAGGACCCAUUUGAUAAUCUGGAGUUAAAAACUAUUGAUGAGAAGGAAGAGCUGAGAAACAUUCUGGUAGGAACCACUGGACCCAUUAUGGCUCAGAUUUUGGACAAUAACUUGCCCAGAGGAGGCUCUGGGUCUGUAUUACAGGAUGAGGAAGUCCUGGCAUCCUUGGAGCGGGCAACUCUAGAUUUCAAGCCUCUUCACAAACCCAAUGGCUUUAUAACCUUACCACAGUUGGGCAACUGUGAAAAGAUGUCACUGUCUUCCAAAGUGUCCCUCCCCCCCAUCCCUGCAGUAAGCAAUAUCAAAUCUCUGUCCUUUCCCAAACUUGAUUCUGAUGACACUAAUCAGAAGACAGCCAAGCUGGUGAGCACUUUCCAUAGCACAUCCUGCCUCCGCAGUGGCACGUUCCGGAAUUCCCUAAAGCCUUCCGCCCAGAGCAGUGCCAGUGAGCUCAAUGGGAAUCAUACUCUUGGGCUUUCAGCUUUGAACUUGGACAGUGGCACAGAGGUGCCAACCCUGUCCCCCUCCUCCCAGCUGCCUUCCCUCUCUGUCUUGUCUGUGUGCACAGAAGAAUCAUCACCUCCAAAUACAGGUCCCAUGGUCACCCCUCCUAAUUUCUCAGUGUCGCAAGUGCCCAACACUCCAAGAUGUCCCCAGGCCUAUUCUGAACUGCAGAUGCUGUCCCCCAGUGAGCGGCAGUGUGUGGAGACGGUGGUCAACAUGGGCUACUCAUACGAGUGUGUCCUGAGAGCCAUGAAGAAGAAAGGAGAGAAUAUUGAACAGAUUCUUGACUAUCUCUUUGCACAUGGACAGCUCUGUGAGAAGGGCUUUGACCCUCUUUUAGUGGAAGAGGCUCUGGAAAUGCACCAGUGUUCAGAGGAAAAGAUGACGGAGUUUCUUCAGUUAAUGAGCAAAUUUAAGGAAAUGGGCUUUGAACUGAAAGACAUUAAGGAAGUUUUGGUAUUACACAACAAUGACCAGGACAAUGCUUUGGAAGACCUCAUGGCUCGGGCAGGAGCCAGCUGAGACCAGAUCCUGCCUGGGCCCUGCCACGGAAACACCACCCCCAGGAGGCCCUGCAGAGCCCACCUGUGGGCAAGGAGAAGAGGCACGCUUCUGGAUUUUCUUUUGGGGAAGGAAGGUCAGGUAUAGAGACUGUGCUUGCCAGUCUCUAUGAGCCCUGGGCCUGAGCUGGGGAGAAAGUGGGGAAGACUUGGGCAUGUACUGCCCACUGCAGCCACUUGUGGCUGCUCUUUCCAUAUUAAAUGUAUUUGUAUUCUGAAAAGUGUCCUUCCCCCUCAGCCCACCAGAGACUGCCUUGGUCAUUCUGGGAUCUGCAACUCCUCAGCCCAAACCUGGCCCAGCUGAAGUGGAGUCAGGGAGAUGGGGUGGGAGAACCAGACUCAGUGCUGUUUUGGGGCUGGAUUACUCUUCUCCCCAUCCCCGACGGGUAGACUGAACUUGAAUCCGUGUUCAGUGCAAUUGAAAGGUUCUUCCAGGGUUUUGUUUAUUUUUUCCCCCCUUUUAACGAAAUCUCUUAGUGUUACACUGGUUCUGCAAUGUCUCUGAGGUGCAAAGAAUGUCCUUUUCCACGUAGGGUCCUGAGUUUGCCUCUUCUGCUGGGCAGUCACCAUGCUUCCCUGCCCCAGCCUGUUUCUUUUGGCUUGGUUUGGACCACAGCCCUCUCCUACCCAGGGUUUUAGAGUCCCUGCUCUAGGAAACAGUUGUCAGUUUAAGAAAUUGUUAGCCCCUUCCCAGCACAUUGAAUGGGGGAGAAAACAGACCACAGUUUAGUUGCCUAGCACUACUAAUCACCUCUUUUCUCCUUGGAGAACAGCCUCUCCCUCCAGCCCACUGCUUUAGGAUGACACAAUGAGUAACACUUAGUCAUAGAAAUCAGUCUCUUUCGUUUGUUUUAUAUUAUGUUGUAUAUCAUUAAAGAUCUAAAUACAAAAGA